AUGGUCAACUCCUGUGGCUCCGUCUGCUCUGACCAGGGCUGUGGCCAAGGCUGCUGCCAGGAGACCUGCUGCCGCCCCAGCUGCUGCCAGACCACCUGCUGCCGCCCCACCUGCUGCCGCCCCACCUGCUGCCGCCCCACCUGCUGUGGCUCCAGCUGCUGUGGCUCCAGCUGCUGCAGGCCUACCUGCUGCAUUACUAGCUGCUGCCGCCCCACCUGCUGCCAGACCACCUGCUGCAGACCUACCUGCUGUGGCUCCUGCUGUGGUUCUAGCUGCUGCCGCCCCAGCUGCUGCGUGUCCAGCUGCUGCCGCCCCUCCUGCUGUGGCUCCAGCUGCUGUGGCUCCAGCUGCUGCAGGCCUACUUGCUGCCAGACCACCUGCUGCCGCCCUAUCUGCUGCCAGACCUGCUGCCGCCCCACCUGCUGCCAGACCACUUGCUGCCGCCCCACCUGCUGCCGCCCCACCUGCUGCCAGACCACCUGCUGCCGCCCAGUCUGCUCCAGCGGUUCCUGCUGCUGA